AUGGGCCAUCAGCAGCUCUACUGGAGUCACCCCAGGAAAUUCGGCCAGGGCUCUCGCUCCUGCCGCGUGUGCUCCAACCGCCACGGCCUCAUCCGCAAGUACGGCCUGAACAUGUGCCGGCAGUGCUUCCGCCAGUACGCCAAGGAUAUCGGCUUCAUUAAGCUGGACUGA